UCAAACUGGACGCCCCCGCACGUGCGAGUUAAUCUCGCUUUCGCUAUCCCCUAGGACGGCGUCUCCGGACCUGGGACCGCGUUCCUUGUUGCCGGCCACCCGUUCGACGGAAUUCCCCGGAAGCAACGAUGGUUUCGUUCCUGAAGGCGCUGGUUUACGGGGCGGGGGGCGUGGCGGUGGUGGGGAUGGUGGCGCUGGUGGCGUUCCAGGAGCGACUGGUGUACGUCCCGGUGGUCCCCGGACUCGCCCGCGCCUACCCCUUCACCCCGGCCCGACUCCGGCUUGACUACGAGGACGUCUUUCUCCGGGCCUCGGACGGCGUCCGCCUCCACGCCUGGUUCAUCAAGCACUCCCCUCCGAAGCCAGGUCCAACGAUACUCUUCUUCCAAGAAAAUGCUGGCAAUAUUGCUCACCGUCUUGAAUUUGUCCGGAUAAUGAUGCAGAGGCUGCAAUGCAAUGUAUUCAUGCUUUCAUACAGAGGGUAUGGAGAAAGUGAUGGUCACCCAUCACAGCAUGGCAUUAUCAUGGAUGCUCAGGCAGCAUUAAAUCAUCUAACACAGAGAAAAGAUAUUGACACAUCAAGAAUAGUUGUCUUUGGGAGAUCUUUAGGAGGUGCAGUUGGAGCAGUGAUUGUAAAAAAUAAUCCUGAUAAGGUUUCUUCUCUUCUAUUGGAGAAUACUUUCACGUCUAUCUUGGACAUGGCUGGCAUUAUGUUCCCUUUCCUAAGAUGGUUUAUUGGCUGCAGUGGGUCAAAAGGUCCAAAGAUUCUCAAUUGUAUUGUACGCUCACCAUGGAGAACCAUUGAUAUCAUCGGCAAGAUUAAGCGGCCGAUUCUAUUUCUAUCUGGUUUGCAAGAUGAGUUGGUUCCCCCUUCACACAUGCAGAUGCUGUAUUCUAAAACUGUAGAAAAUAAUUGGGAUUGCAGAUUUGUAGAAUUUCCAAAUGGCAUGCAUAUGGAUACAUGGUUCUCUGGUGGAGAUAGAUACUGGAGAACAAUCCAGUUGUUUUUGGAUCAGUAUGUUCCUGAGAUAAAGGAGGGCAACUUGAACUGCCAAGUUGAUGAUGACAAGGAUAAUGCUUUUGAAGUAUAUACAUGCAUGUUCCGUCACAUUGGUCCUCUGCAAAGUGGUUGACUCUUGGUGAUUACUGAAAAUUAUUGCGCAAAGGGCAUGGAACAAGAUUUACGAGCAUGACACGAACUUUGCCGUUGGUAUCUAUUAAAUUUAUAAACUAACAAAUAUAUCAUGGUAGCUUCCUCACUAUCUUUGGUCGAUGUGAAAAGGGAAACAAGAUGGUGAUGCAGCAGGAUGAUGGGCCAUGUUUGCUGUUGAAAAGCUCGUCAAACACUCGAAUAGUGUCCCAGAUGCUCCAGCAAUUUUAUUCUCUAAUGGGACCAUCAAUCAGGUUCAUUAUUCAGUUCACCCCGGCAAUUUAACUAAUUCUUCCUGUAAUUGCCCAGAAGGUGCCGAAUUUUGUCUCUGAUCUUGUCUCUUAAACCUUCACAAUAUUGACACAUAUUGUUACAUGAAAUGGUGCUGAAAUUUUGAUUUUUGCCGAGACAAACAUUAUACUUGUAUUUUUGAACACAAUCAUCGGAAAGUAUAAGUUUUUCUUUUGGAUUCAA